AGUGCAUCGUCGACGCCUACGAGCCAAGCCCGACAGGAUCGAUUCUGUAACCGGUUGGAAGGCAGGAAGAGCAAACGGCGUCUCGAAAAGUGACUGUGAUAAAUGGGAGGUGACGAAAGAGGAGAAAUGCCCGGGUCCCCCUGCUCGUUUUGCUAACACCAAAGGUCGUUUCGUUGAUUGCGGGGCCGGUGUUCGGAGAGAGACGCUCAAACGAGUGGAAAAACGGCUGGAACCUGUCAAUCAACACCCACUCACCUAUGAGACAGCAGGAUGGAGGGAGAGAGCUCAGCAGGAAAUCCCUCCGCUGCCUCGUCUCGCUCACUUCCUGUCCAGGCCGAGUCGUUUGAUGGAACUGAUUGGACCUCUGAGGAGACCGCCAGCCGCACAAACUGCGUGGUGCCGCCCACACUGGAUCAGCACCACCUGGGGGACACAACCGCCGCCAGUCCUGAGCAAGACCAAACUCGGGAGGACGUGACUCCGUGUCCCCCCGGCUCCAAUGACCCCCGGCCGGAGGAUUUCUCCAUUGAGAACCGAACCCCGCAGGGAGCGACCCAGCCCGAACCGACAGACCGGCACGCUCUGGAGGAUCCGGCCCAGCUUCCUUCCAUGACGAACCAACGUCCGUCCGAAUCAACCCUGGCUCCGCCGGUCACCAUUGAGGCUUACUGCACACACAACCACCUGCAGACCCCGGACUGUCCCGGGCCCAAACUCUGCGGGUACCUCCACAAGCAGGCCGGCCCGCUGAAGGCCUGGAAGCUGCGCUGGUUCACCUAUGAGGAGAAGAAGUGCCAGCUGUUCUACUUUCGCACCCCGCAGGAUGUGACGCCGCUGGGCCGGGUGGAGCUGGACAGCGCUACCUUCACCUACCCCCUGAAAGGAGAGAGUGGGACGUUCCACAUCCAGACCCCCGAACGCACCUUCAUACUGAAGGCGGCCCAUCAGGAGGCCAUGAUGUACUGGCUGCAGCAGCUGCAGCUGAGGAGGUGGCAGCACCGGGAGCAGCUCUGCGGACCGGCGUGCCGCUCCGCGUCCGACUCCACCAACAACAACGGCGGCAGCAGCUGCUGUCCCGAUGACUUCCUGCCCAAGGUGAAGAGUCCACCGGGGCUUGUAGGGGAGGAGGCGGCCAACCUGCCGCCGCUUCAGCGCACCUUGCUGGCCAACAUGUCAAUCAAACACCCCCUCAUCGAGAUCCAAAACUCGGUGCACAGUUUGACACGUAGGAGAUCUUCUCAGGAGUUGAGUCAGAGCGUGUUUCAUGUGGAUGCUCCGCCAUGGAUCCCACCAGAGCCCCCCCGCACCCCUAGUGCUCCCAACACCCCUGUUGACUCGCCCACCCCCACCACUCCACUCCAACCAGCUGACCCGUCACCACAGCUCCCCCCAGUGAACGGCAGGCAGUCCCCAUCCCUGUUUGACCCCCAUAGGAGCCGUAGGAAGAAGAGCCGCAGCUCAUCCACCAUGCCCAUCAUCCGCAGGGACACUUCCACCACAGACAAGAUAUCCCGCCUCCAGCAGGAGAAUCACAUGCUGGCAGGGGAGGUCAAGAGUCAGAAGGAGCUGGUGUGGCUCCUCCACAAGACGUUGGAAGCAGCCCAGCUGGAGAAGAGAACAUGUAGUGAGUUCCUGAUGGCUGAGGGUGAGCAGGAGCGUCUAGAGCUGCUGCGACACCGUGAACGCCAAGCCGCCGACCUGCGGAGCCGGCUGGAGGAGGUGAAGACUGAGGCAGCGACACUAAGGCAGAGCCUGGCCCAGAGAGACGCCCACAUCGCGGAGCUGCAGGAGAACAUGAGCAUGAUGAUGGAGAAGAACCAGGCCAAGCAGGAGGUAAUCCUGAAGCUGUCAGACCAGGUAGCGACCUGUAUGUCCGAUCCCAGGAGGUCUGUUCCCUCCUCCAAUGGUCUAGAGGCUCACACCUUCACACAGCUCCAGAAGGACAUUGAGAACCUCAAGGACGACAUAGAGGCUUACAAAAUUCAGAACAAGUUCCUGAACUCUGAGAUCUACCAGCUGACCAAGCUUUGGAGGAACAGCUCCGAACAGGAGAAGAGCCUGAUGGUGAAGUGUGCAUAUCUGGAGGCCAGUAGCUGCCAGGAGGAGAGUCGCUAUUUGGGAGUUCUACGGAAGCUUCAGGAGAACAAAGCUCUGGGUCCAUGUCAGCGGGAGGCCGUCAGCAAGCUGAUCGAUGAUGCUCUGAAAGGAGACUUGAAGAGCGUCAUCAAACUCAACCCAGUCAGGGAUUAUGAUGAAUACGGCUUUAAAAUCAUUCCGGACUACGAAGUGGAGGACAUGAAACUGCUGGCUAAGAUCCAGGCCCUGGAGAUCCGAUCCCACAACCUGCUGCAUCAGGAGGCCGGCGAUAAGCCCUGGUUGGGUCGGUGGGCUCAGUACCUGGCUUGUCGCUCUGACGACGACCUCUGCCCCUCACCAGAGUUAAAGAAUCUCCUCCGAGGAGGCGUCCCGCACGAGUACCGCCAGCGGGUGUGGCGCUGGCUGGUCUACGCCAGGACCCAGUCAGUCAGGGAGCACCACCCACAGCGCUACAGACAGCUCUGUGAGAUGAGUCACACCUCCCCGCACCCGGCUUCCAGACAGAUCCAGUUAGACCUGCACCGCACCCUCACAACCAAUCAGCACUUCUCCUCCCCAUCUAGUCCCGCCCUGCAGCAGCUCCAACGCAUCUUAUUGGCCUUCUCCUGGCAGAACCCAGCCAUUGGCUACUGCCAGGGCCUCAACAGACUGGCGGCCAUUGCCCUCCUGAUUCUGCAGAAUGAAGAAGAUGCUUUCUGGUGUCUGGUUGCCGUGGUGGAAGCCAUCCUGCCGCCGGACUACUACACCAAAGAACUGAUAGCCUCACAGGCAGACCAGCGCGUCCUGAAAGACUUCAUGGCGGAGAAGCUCCCCAGGCUGAUGGCUCACUUUGAGGAGCACAGCAUCGACGUCUCCCUCAUCACCUUCAACUGGUUCCUGGUGCUGUUUGUGGAGAGUCUCCCCAGUGACAUCCUGCUGCGGGUGUGGGACGCCUUCCUCUACGAGGGCACCAAGGUGAUAUUCCGCUAUGCUCUGGCCCUCUUCAAGUACAAAGAGGACGACAUCCUGAAGAUCCAGGACAACGUCGAGAUCUACCAAUACCUGCGCUUCUUCACCAAGACCAUCUUCGACGGCAGGAAGCUGACGGGCAUCGCCUUCAGCGUCAUGAACCCGUUCCCCCGCAGGCUGCUGCGGAACAGGCGCGCGGUGCACCUGGAGCGCCUGCAGGGGGAGCUACGAGAGCUGGAGCAGCAGCAGAAGGAGUUUGUCACAGAGAGCGCUCAACGCAAGGACAAGGAGCUGGACACCAUGGUCAGCGAGGACGACGAUGAACUUUGACCUCGCCCGGACAGGCGUGGACCGAGCAAUACGGGCGCUGUACCACCCCUACGCAAGGUUCAAAACAACUACUCAAGACUUUUCUCUCCGUCUCCCUUUGCCCUUCGUACCUGAUGGUGGUUUGAAAGGUGACGCGAUGACCAGGAUCGGAGCUUUUGCUCGCUCGGUCCAGUUCAACAAAAGAUGAUAUUCUGUAUUUGUACUUCCUGCUUUGGCUGCGGGUUCGACCAAACCACCCGAGAGAUGCGGAUAUAAAGCCCACAUCGCACAAGAACCACAACAUCAUGGAAGCUGCGUCGCGUUUCCAGCUCCGCAGCUUAAGAUGCGUCUUCCUAACCGGGAGUCAAGUGGUUUGCUGCAGCGCCACCUACAGCCUUUCGUGUAAACCAUUAACUUCAUCUGGUUAUAAAGUAGUUAAGAGGUCAGAAACAGCCUCACAGUCCAAAGGUCACACGCCAACGAGCAAGGCGGUGAAACCCCGACCAGCUUUUUGAUUGUUGGCCACUGUGGAGCGUCAGCUAAACGCCUAAAAUGUAUUGAUCGUCCUCAAACAAUGAACAUUUUAAAAAGAGGACAUGGACAUUUACACUCAUAACCUGUAUUGAUAUUCACAUUAUUCUAAGUCUUAAUGCACAGCGCCACACCUCAGUGUACGGCUGAGACAAAGAAUUAAAAAGUGUAUAUUUGCUCUUAAAGGGAUACCUUACCUUGACACUGUAUUUGAGUUGUUGUUGUUAUUUUAUGUCUUAUCGUUAUUUAAAUG